AUGCUUAUAGUCCUGGCUGUUUUCAUGGUGAAAGGAUAUGAACCAAGCUCUCACAAGAUCUCUGGUGAUCCUUUUGUUUUUGCAGAAGAUUCUGGAGACGUUGGGGAGGAGGACAGCUUCUUGGGUCAGACAUCAGCCAGCCCCACCCCACCACAGACCUUCAGCUACUUCUCUCAAGUUCCCAGCAGCAGCGGUGACCCCUUUGGGAGCAUUGGGCAGCCACCCUUGACAACUGUUUCAACCCCUGUGGGAGCACCAGCCUUCUCCAGACCUCCCCCUUCACUUCCACUCGUGUCUGGCUCCCAGGAUGGGCAAAAUGCCUUUUCACCACAUAUUCCCAAAUCCCAGGCUUACAGUGCCCCAGCCACGUCCCAGGUGGGCGUGUCCCCGUACCAGCCCCCUCAGCAGAGCUGUCCCCCUCCUGCCAGCACUGCCCUGCCCGUGGGGACCCCCCAGCAGCAGGGCUACAACCCCUACAGGCACACCACCCUGAGCAGCAGGGCCAACCCCUACCUCACCCCUCCCCAGCUGCAGCAGAGCCACCCCCCUGCCACAGCGUCCCCUGUGCCACCCGUGCAGAUGUACCAGACACCCCCGGGGCCGCUGACACAGUUCCCACCAUCCCAGUGCCAGCUGCAGCCUGCCAGGCCUGCAGGGCCCCUGGUGCCAGCCCCUCCUGUGCUGCUGCAGAACCAGUACGAGCCAGUUCAGCCCCACUGGUUCUACUGUAAGGAGGUGGAGGACAAGCAGAUAUGGAUGCCAUUCAGCAUUCUGGAUUCUGCAAAACUGGAGGAGGUCUAUAAUUCUGGUAAGUCCUGCCUUACCCAGAGUGACGUGUUCCUGUACGAGCGCCUGAGGAAAGCCGUGUACUGGGACGAGGAGCCCUCGGAGGUGCGGCGCUGCCUGUGGUUCUACAAGGGGGACAAGGACAGCCGCUUCAUCCCUUACACUGAGGACUUCAGUGACAAGCUGGAGGCAGAAUAUAAAAGGGCUGUAACUACAAAUCAAUGGCAUCGGCGACUUGAAUUUCCAAAUGGGGAGACAAUUGUUAUGCAUAAUCCCAAGGUCAUAGUUCAGUUCCAGCCUUCUACCUCAUCAGAUGAAUGGGGCACCUCUCAAGAUGGGCAGGCGAGGCCGAGGGUGGUGAAACGUGGAAUUGAUGAUGACCAUGAUGAGAUUCCUGAUGGAGAAAUGUCCCAAAUUGACCAUCUGGUAUUUAUGGUCCAUGGCAUAGGUCCUGUAUGUGACUUGAGGUUUAGAAGCAUUGUUGAGUGUGUUGAUGAUUUUAGGACUGUUUCUCUGAAGCUGUUGCAGACUCACUUUAAGAAGUAUUUGGAGGAAGGCCAAGUGAGCAGGGUGGAAUUCCUUCCAGUUCACUGGCACAGUUCUCUGCAUGGGGAUGCAACAGGUGUAGACAGGAACAUAAAGAAAAUCACUUUGCCGAGCAUUGGUCGCCUGAGGCACUUCACCAACGAGACGCUGCUCGACAUCCUGUUCUACAACAGCCCCACCUACUGCCAGACCAUCGUGGAUAAAGUGGGCAUGGAAAUGAACCGCCUGUACGCGCUCUUCAUGAGCCGCAACCCCGACUUCAAAGGGGGCGUCUCUGUGGCUGGGCACAGCUUAGGUUCCUUAAUUCUGUUUGACAUACUGUCUAACCAGAAGGACUUGGCUUCAUCAGUAAAUUCUGGACCAUUCUCUGGUGUUAAUGGGAGUGUGAAGGAUGUGGCUGUUCAUGAUAAACAGAUGACUGAAGAUACCAGUUCCUUGGGCUCCUCCAUUGCUACUUCUGCUGAUGAGCUUUGUGAGGCUGAAGCAGAGGAAGAUGUUCCCACCCUGCAGAAGAGCCUGGAGAUGCUCAGUUUGUCAGAGUACGUGAGCACCUUCGAGAAGGAGCGCAUCGACAUGGAGUCCCUGCUCAUGUGUACAAUUGAUGACCUGAAGGAGAUGGGGAUACCUCUUGGACCAAGAAAGAAAAUAGCUAAUUUUGUAAAAGACAGAGCAGCCAAGCAGGAGCAGAAGAAAGCAGUAGCAGAAAAGAAAGCAGUGCUGGCUGCCACACUCCAGACUCAAGAAGACGCCCAGAAAUCAAAAGAGGCAAUUUCUCCUGUCUCAUCUUCAGAGUCUGGGCACUCAAAGAGGAAGCUCCCAGUUGGUGCAUCUGUGUCUUCUGUGAACAUUGACUAUGAGUAUUUUGAAAUUGGAACUGGCCAGGUUUCUGUGGUUUACAGCGCACUGGACUUUGAACCAGAUAUUUUCUUUGCCCUUGGUUCCCCUAUUGGUGUGUUCCUUACUGUGAGGGGUGUGGAGAAGAUUGAUGAAAACUACAGACUCCCUACCUGCAAGGGCUUCUUCAAUAUCUAUCACCCACUUGAUCCAGUAGCUUACAGGUUAGAACCAAUGAUCAUUGAAGACCUGGAUUUAAAACCAGUUCUCAUUCCACAUCAUAAAGGCAGAAAAAGACUUCAUCUGGAGCUGAAAGACUCUCUGUCUCGUAUGGGAUCUGACCUGAAGCAGGGCUUCAUCAGCUCUCUGAAGAGUGCAUGGCAGACCCUCAAUGAGUUUGCACGUGCUCAUACAUCUUCAACCCAGCUGCAAGCAGAGCUGGAGAAAGUAGCUAACCAAAUUCAAGAGGAGGAAGAAAAGCAAGUGGUGGAAGCUGAGAAGAUCACUGAAAGUGCAGAGCCUCCAAAGGAUGAGGAUGUUUCAGUGAAGGUUGGGAUGCUGAACGGAGGGCGUCGCAUUGAUUACGUUCUGCAGGAGAAGCCAAUAGAGAGCUUCAACGAGUACCUGUUUGCUUUGCAGAGCCACCUGUGCUACUGGGGAUCUGAAGACACUGCCUUGCUGUUUCUGAAAGAGAUAUACAGGACCAUGGAUAUCAAUCCUGAGCAGCCACAGCAUUGAUGUAUAAAAACAUGAAUUUCCAUACCCAUUCCUCCUGCAGACCUGGUGAAAGCCCCUCUGAAGAACAUCUGGUAUUUUCAGAGUUGCAUAUGAGAGGAUAAACAUCAAAGGUUUUUUUCCUGCCAUUCCAGAACUUGGAUUCUACCUUCUUGUGUCACUUCAAGCAAACUUAAGUUAUGAGAUGAUCAGGACUGUCAUUCAGGAGAUGGAUGGAAUGACAGUUUUGAUCUUAAAUCAGCUCAGUUGUUGUACCAUUGCCAAAUGUAAGGUGAUUGAAGAAGGUUUUUUUGGCGUGCAAAUCAAAACUUGUGUCCUUCAGCUCUCCUGUCCCAGCUGGCUGCCAGACAUGCUUUGCCUACCAAGGCAGCAUGUCCUCAGUGAAAAGGACUUGAUGAGAAACAGCAAUAAUCUACUGGUCUUGACACAUUUGUUCAUGUCCCUUUAAGAAAUGAAAUGUGAACUGAAGUUAUAACCAUCUUUAAUACAAAUUCCACAAACCAGUUCAUAUUUACUAAAAACUAGCAACCAGAAUAAUUUUCUUACUAUUGUAAGUGUGAUGGAGAUUAUUUUAUAAAGACCUUUUUAAGCCUCUGUUAAGAGUUUUAUUGUGGCUUUUUUUAAAGUAAAAAUGAACUUUUGACUUUGAAAAUAUUAGAAGUUUGUUACAGCUAGUUCAGUGUUCACAUAUCCUGAAAUGAGGAACGAUUUAAAAUGACAUUUUGAUCUGGUAAUUAUAGAAUCACAGACUGUUCUAAGUUAAUUAAGGCAAUUUUAGUGAAACUAGGCUGCAGUUAUGAGAGCUAAAACACUUACCUUGACCUUGCAGUUUAACAUCUCAGAACUGUUACUGUAAAUAGGAACUGAAGCUUAUGGGUGCUAGAUAAUAAUCUAGAUCCAGCCCUGCAAUCCAGACUCCAUUUUCAUGUAAUGAGGUUGAGGUGAGUUAGGUGUUGUGAUUUGGAAUUAAUGUCUCUGACUACUGAGCUUCUGUAGCUUCAAUUUACACACACAUUGUGGCUUUCCUUAAUAUUAGUGGCUUAACCUUAUUCCUGACUAUUUGCCUCUGUUAUUGCAGUAAACAAAGUUUGAAAUGCAGUAUGGUUUUUUUUUCCUUGAUAUAUGUAAAAUACACAUUAUUGUGUAUACAAAUUGAUGGCUGUAAUUAAAAUUACCUUACUUCCA